UAGCGUGAGUGGAGUAAGAUGGCGGACUGCGCAUGCGUUAUGUGCCAUUUGCUGGUCUUGGUUGAUACGUCACAAGAUGGCGCUGACCAUGGCUCCCUCGGCCUGUGACUGUGCGCGGAUGGGCCAGUGGGCCUGAGUCGGAGACCCCGUCAGGAAAACGCGGAGGAGUUACCUGCUGUGGGGAUAACAUUGCCAACCUGUCCCUGAAGUGAUUUUACCCCUAAACUCUACGUGAGUUGCCUCUUUGUCCCCUAGACUUUGCGCUCGGCUCCAGCGCUCGGCUCCAGCACUCGGCUCCAGCACUCGGCUCCAGCACUCAGUCCGUACUACACCCUCCAUAUGGAUGCCAACGCGACCUGCGGGGGCAGCAAUGUACCCGCUUUCCUUGCCAAACUCUGGACUUUGGUGGAAAACCCGGAGACAGACCCUUUAAUCUGCUGGAGCCCGGAAGGGAACAGUUUCCAUGUGUUUGACCAGGGACAGUUUGCCAAAGAGGUUCUUCCAAAGUAUUUCAAGCACAACAACAUGGCCAGCUUUGUACGGCAACUCAACAUGUAUGGGUUUCGGAAGGUUGUCCAUAUUGAACAAGGGGGUUUGGUGAAACCUGAAAGAGAUGAUACAGAGUUCCAGCAUCCCUACUUCAUCCGUGGUCAGGAGCAACUUCUGGAGAACAUCAAGCGCAAAGUCAACAACAUGUCUGCGAGUAAGAGCGACGAGGGGAAGGUGCGACAGGACAAUGUCAGUAAAUUAAUUUCAGAUGUACAGAGCAUGAAGGGCAAGCAGGAGAGCAUCGACGGCCGGCUACUCUCCAUGAAACAUGAGAACGAGGCCCUGUGGAGGGAGGUAGUGAGUCUGAGGCAGAAGCACACUCAGCAGCAGAAAGUUGUCAAUAAGCUCAUCCAGUUCCUGGUCUCAUUGGUCCAGUCCAACCGGAUCCUGGGGGUAAAGAGGAAAAUCCCCCUCAUGCUGAAUGACAGUAGCACAGGCCACUCCCCUCCCAAGUACAGUCGUCAGUACUCAUUGGAGCACGUGCCCAGCAGCACCUCCUACCCAGUCUCGGGAUUCACAGACUCCUCAGCAGGACCCAUUAUAUCUGAUGUGACGGAACUCCCAGAGUCCAGCCCCUCCCCCUCUCCGUGUCCCAGUUUAGAGGCCAGCCCCAGUCCAGUGAUUCUGAUCAAGACGGAGCCCCUCACUCCAUCCCAGAGCCCUGAGCAGAGUCCUGCGCCCCCUAAACUGGACGACACCCCAAUAUCGCCCUCCACUUUCAUAGACUCAAUUCUGCUGGAGACUGAGACCAGUGUGUGUCCCGGGGGCAAUAAAAAUGAUGAAAUGUCAGAGUCGCACCCCCCUGAGCCCUGCCUGAGUGUCGCCUGUCUAGACAACAUCUCUUUGAGCCGUCAGAUGUCUGAGGUCGCUCGUCUGUUCCCCACGUCCUGUUCCUCAGUGCCGGGCAGAGCGGAGCCCCCCGGGUUAGAUAUGGCUGUGGCGGAGCUAAAUGACCAUGUGGACAACAUUGACUUCAACCUGGACAACCUGCAGAACCUUCUCACCGGCCAGAGCUUCAGUGUAGAUACCAGCGCUCUCAUGGAUCUCUUCAGUCCGUCCUUGGGAAUCCCAGAUCUGUCCCUCCCAGACCCCGACUCCAGCCUCGCCAGUAUCCAGGAGCUGCUGUCGUCACAGGAUCAGAAGGAGUCAGAGACAGAGUCCAGAACACCUGACACAGGGAAGCAGAUUGUCCAUUAUACGGCUCAGCCCCUUAUCCUUAUGGAUUCCAGUAGCUGUGACCUUCCCAUUUUCCUGGAGCUGGAGGGGGAUGAGCCUUACAUUGCAGAAGAAGGGGAUGAUUAUUCAGAGGACCCCACCCUCUCUCUGAUUUCAUGGGACCCCCAGAGCAAGUCAGCAGGCUCCAACAUCUCCUAGGAAUGGAGGGGACUUUACUGAAGUGCGUGUGGUUCUGCUGCUGCCCAAUUCUGCCCGAGUGUCUGCAUGCCAACUGUGCCAACGGGGACUGGCCUCCUGCGUGUUCUCAUCUUGCUGCAAGAUGGACCAAUCGGAUGGCUGCUUUCAGCUUGUUCUGUGUGUUUUUCUAUAGUGGAGACAAUGGUGUGGCUCUUUGGGAACAGGUCCCCCUUCUGGUUGGGUUCAGGCCACAACCCUGGGAUUUCCCACCCAUCAUGACUGCGUAGGGAUCUGUGAGAUUUCGGGCCAGUACUCGCAUAUUUACACAGUAUCCAGGGUUCUGCUAUUUUCCAGCACUUAUUCCAAGAUUUAGGGCAGUUCUGAUGGCUUCAUGUCAUGUGACACGUUACAUAUUAUUAUUAUUUUUCUUGAGUUUGGAGUUCUCGCCCCAAAGCUCUGGUUUUAGGGUUCUGCAUUUUCCUAUUUACCCUCCUACACCAAUGCUGGGGCUCAUCAGACUACAAAGUUGGUGCAGCUGCAAAAUAUGGCCACCACCAAACACCAAUCAACUCUCUCCAAAUUAUGUGAUUGUCUCUCACCCCCUUUUCAUUGCACUGGGGGUUUAUCAUUCAGAUUUUAUUCUUGUGCCUUUGGGACUCCCCAGGCUUAACACUGCCCCCUCUGUAGUACAGGUUUGGCUUGAAAUGAGACACCACUCGUGUGUGUGCUCACCCCAUGCUAAAUCCUGCCCCCUAUAAUAUUCUUAAAUUUGCCCCUCUGUCUCCCAAACCUGUGCUUCCUGCAGACUUGAACCAAUCAAACAGCCCCCUCUCCUUAUUAUACCCCAGCCAAUGACACUGGGCCACCAGGUCUAUGACCGCCGACGUUCUAUGUUAAUAUCAGGAAAGUGUAAGAACCUCCUGCAACUAUGGGCCUGCUUGUGCUCUAGAAUAAAUAUACACUUUUGAUUGUGGCCCUCUAACUGUUCACCCCCAGGCUUUGUCCAUUUCUCACAUUUUACUUAAUCUCUCCUCAUUGAAUAAUGAAUCUUACGUCUAGGGGAAUGAACAGCAGCUGCCACCAAAAAAUAUCAAACCAGCAUCCAGGGAUAAAAAAUAAACAGCAAGUUUGGAUUGUGGAGAUGUCCAGAUCCUACAGAACAGACCAGUAUGUUGGGCUAUGAAGAUAGUUAGUUGGUGUGAGAAGAAUUGAAUAUCCUAGUGACUAGGCCAAUUGGUUGGGUUGUGGAGAAUUCAAGAUCAUGAUGACUAGGCCAGUUGCUUGGCUUGAAGAGGAUUGAAUAUCCUGGUGACUAGGCCAGUUGGUUGGGUUGAAGAGGAUUGAAGAUCAUGGUGACUAGGCCAGUUGGUUGGGUUGAGGAGAAUUGAAGAUCUUGGUGACUAGGCCAGUUGGUUUGGUUGAAGAGGCUUGAAGAUCAUGGUGACUAGGCCAGUUGGUUGGGUUGAAGAUCCUGGUGACUAGGCCAGUUGGUUGGGUUAAGGAGAAUUGAAGAUCCUGUUGACUAGGCCAGUUAAUGGGGAUGAGCAGAAUUGAAGAUCCUAUUGACUAGGCCAGUUGGUUGGGUUGAGGAGAAUUGAAGAUCCUGCUGAUUUUGGUUGGGUUGUGGAGAAUUGAAGAUCCUACUGACUAGGCCAUUUGAUGGAGAUGAGGAGAAUUGAAGAUCUUAGUGACUAGGUCAGUUAGUUGGGUUGAGGAGGAUAGAAGAUCCUAGUGACUAGGCCAGUUGAUGGGGGAUGAGGAGAAUUGAAGAUCCUGGUAACUAGCACAGUUGGUUGGUUUGAGGAAGGUAGAAGAUCCAAGUAACUGGGCCAGUUGGUUGGGUUGAGGAGAAUUGAAGAUCCUGCUGAUUUUGGUUGGGUUGUGGAGAAUUGAAGAUCCUACUGACUAGGUCAUUUGAUGGAGAUGAGGAGAGUUGAAGAUCUUAGUGACUAGGUCGGUUGGUUGGGUUGAGGAGGAUAGAAGAUCCUAGUGACUAGGCCAGUUGAUGGGGGAUGAGGAGAAUUGAAGAUCCUGGUAACUAGCACGGUUGGUUGGGUUGAGGAAGGUAGAAGAUCCAAGUAACUGGGCCAGUUGGUUGGGUUGAGGAAAAUAGAAGAUCCUGGUGACUAGGUCACUUGGUUGGUUUGUUGGUUGCUGAGUUGUUAGGGCUCUUGUAAGGUAGUAUGAUGGAGUAACAGUUAGUACUUUUGGGCACCCAGGAUACUGGGGAGAAGAGCUGGUACUUUGCUAUUUGUGUAAUGUGUGUGCCUGGGACUGGAGGAAAGAGCAAUGAGCAGGAGUUGGGUAACUGUGCCCUAUUCCUGUUACUUGGAGUUGUUGUGUCUGUGGGGGCACAGAGCACCUUCAAUGUACCCAGGAUUUGUGUAGGAGGGCAGAGCGGACACAUCUGUAUAUUUACAUACUGGUUUGUUAAUAUGUGUGUUUUAUUUGGGAUUUUUACAUUUUCUGUAUAUUCCUCUCUGUACAAAUAAUAUAAAGUUGUGUAUAAA